GAAGCUUGAGCUGACCAUGGACUCCCCAUCCCGAUCGUCCUCUCCCAACAUCAGCUCGUACAGUGAAAGUGGAGUGUAUAGCCAAGAAUCGUUGACCUCUUCUCUUUCUACAACUCCCCAGGGGAAGAGAAUAAUGUCUGACAUAUUUCCAACAUUUGGAUCAAAACCUUGCUCAACAAGACUUCCUUCUGCAAAGAAGAUCUCCCAUGCUGCUGAACAGAGUCCCAAUACAGGGAUUACAACAUCCACUGUAAGCAUAAUUGGUCAACGUAUGAACUAUGGGUUUGGAUGUGGUGAUUUUGAAGAUAAUAGGUCACAUGACAUUUCACCUAGUGCUUUAAAAAUACAAAAUAAGGAACACCCAAGACAUAAGCAUACAAAAGGACUUACAAGGUCAUCAAACUUACAGCAAAUUUCCAGUUUUGACUUCACAUCUAUAAAUACCUUAUCAGAAGACUCAGUAGUAAUUGUUGGAAAAGGUGUAUUUGGAAGUCCAAAUUCAGCACCAACAACUUGCAGCCCACCAGUGAUAGACACUGUGGAACAGGAUACAUUUUCAGUGAAACCCAGCAUUGAACCGCCAUCAGGAAUUUAUGGAAGAGCAGUCCAGCAAAAUACUCCAUCAUAUCUUGAUGUUGAAAAUGACAAAGAUACUAAGGUUUCUAUGGCAAAGUCUACUUAUGACAAGAUGAGACAAAAGAGAAAAGAAGAAAAAGAGCUUUUUGAUGCUAAAGAUGGUGAAAGGAAAGAGCUGAAUCCCUGGGAACGAAUAAAACAUACAGGAACUGAGAGAUUGACAUCUGAAAGUGAUGCAUCUCCUGGAAUCAUUUCACAAUAUAAAGAAAGAAUAUCUUCUGUCACUCAUAGUCCAGAGAUAAUGGAUUCACUGGAAUUACGACCGUUUUCCAAGCCAGAAAUAGCCCUGACAGAAGCCUUACGGCUUUUAGCUGAUGAGGACUGGGAGAAGAAGAUGGAAGGAUUAAAUUUUAUCCGAUGCUUAGCUGCUUUUCACUCCGACCUGUUAAAUACGAAGCUACAUGAAACAAACUUUGCAGUAGUUCAAGAGGUAAAAAAUUUGCGGUCUGGUGUGUCCCGUGCUGCUGUGGUGUGUUUAAGUGAUCUUUUCACAUACCUGAAAAAGAGCAUGGAUCAAGAACUCGAUACUGCAGUAAGAGCUUUGCUGCACAAGGCUGGAGAAUCUAACACAUUCAUAAGGGAAGAUGUGGACAAGGCGUUGAGAGCUAUGGUGAAUAAUGUAACCCCUGCACGUGCAGUCAUUUCUCUCAUCAAUGGAGGACAAAGCCAUUUGCACAUUGCAGUAAGAAGAUGUACAGCACAGCACUUGGCAGAUGUAGUAGAAUUUAUGGAACCUGAGCGUAUUUUAUCUGGAACAAAGGAUAUGGCUGAACGCUUAUUGCCUGCUGCUGCUAAGUUUGCUCAAGAUAGCUCACAAGAAACCAGGUAUUAUGGCCGUAAGAUGCUUUUCCUCAUGAUGGGUCAUCCUAACUUUGAAAAAAUGCUGGAAAAGUAUAUCCCGUCUAAAGAUUUACCAUAUAUUAAAGAAUCUGUUAAAAAUUUGCGGCAAAAGGGUUUGGGAGAGAUACCACUAGACACGCCAUCAGCAAAAGGAAGGCGAUCUCAUACUGGCAGUGUUGGACACACGAGGUCAUCAUCUGUUUCUCGAGAUGCUUUUAGUUCAACCGAAAGGGAAGUAACUGAAGUUCGAGAAGUCCCCAGAAAACCAGCUCCUCGAAAUUCCUUAGAAAGUGCUGAGUACAUUAAAGUCAUAACAGGUUUAUUAAAUGCAAAAGACUUUCGUGAUCGUAUUAAUGGGAUUAAACAACUUUUAUCAGAUACUGAAAACAAUCAGGAGCUUGUGGUUGGCAACAUUGUGAAGAUCUUUGAUGCCUUUAAGUCUCGACUUCAUGAUUCUAAUAGCAAAGUGAAUUUGGUGGCUCUUGAAACAAUGCAUAAAAUGAUUCCUUUACUUGGAGACAACUUGUCUCCUAUAAUCAACAUGCUGAUUCCUGCAAUUGUAGAUAACAAUCUCAACUCCAAGAAUCCAGGCAUCUAUACUGCUGCCACAAAUGUUGUUCAUGCACUGAGUCAGCAUGUAGAUAACUACUUACUUCUACAACCAUUUUGCACAAAAGCUCAGUUUCUAAAUGGAAAAGCAAAACAAGAUAUGACAGAAAAACUUGCUGAUAUUGUCAUGGAACUUUAUCAAAGGAAGCCACAUGCCACGGAACAGAAAGUGCUGGUGGUUUUAUGGCACCUCUUAGGGACUAUGACACAUAGUGGCUCCCUGCCUGGAGCUGGCGGAAAUAUACGAACAGCCACAGCUAAAUUGUCGAAAGCACUUUUUGCACAGAUGGGUCAGAAUUUAUUAAACCAGGCUGCAUCUCAACCACCACAUAUCAAAAAAAGUUUAGAGGAAUUGCUCGAUAUGACAGUUUUAAAUGAAUUAUGAGUUUUUGAUGAAAUAGUUAUGAUGAACAAUUUACAUAAUGACAACUGAAAUCUUUUUAAAGCUAUAUUUUGCAUUUUGAGUGCCUGCAUCUCAUGUCCAGUAAAUUAAGUCAGUGGCUAUGUUUAUUUGCAGCCUAUUUGUGAGUACAGAUCUGUCCUUCUAGCCAUCACAUGAAAACCUGAAAUAAUUAAUAUAAGCUAUAAGUCAUGAAAUCCAUGACGCCUGGGAUGAACUAAAUUUUAAAUGUUUUUGAGACAAAUCCUGCUCAUUUGCACUAUUCUAUAGAAACUGCAAUUUGUUGCCCCAUAUGUACAAUUAGAUUUGUAAUUAAAAAUAUACUUUUUAUUAUGUAAUCAUGUUCUGCUAUGUCUCAUUACUCUACCUUGUUUUAUGAAUUGGAAGAAAAGUCUUUUAACUAUGUUAUUCCAAAAUAAGUUUUGUGUGCUAUUUGUGAAUAACAUGUUUCUGAAUCAGUCUGCUAAUAUGAUUAUGCAGUAUUAGCUUGCUAUUGCUGCUGUGUUACUAUGGUAUAUUUGCUAAACUUUUGGGUUUAAUCAUCUGCACAAUUGUGAAAUUUAACAAGUUAUAAUAAAGCAUGAUGACCAAAGCUUAGAAAACAUUAAACAUUUGAAUGCACGUUUGAGAAACGUGUUGAAUGUAACUUUCUUAUUUUUUUGUGUGCAAACACUAAUUUUUUAAUUUCUGUAUGUCUGUCCAUUUAUAAAGGUGUUAUUUUGCUGCCCAGUUGUGUAAUUCUCAAAAAUAGUGCCAGGUCUUCUAUAGUUUUUUUUCAGAAUUCUUGGGCUUACGAGUACUGUAUGCAUCUUAAAGAAGAAAAGGAAUGUUAUAAAAUAAAAGGAUUUAUUUCUGUAGA